CCCGCGGCGACAUCCCGGGGCGCCCGCGGCCCCGGCCCGCCCUCCCCGCCCCCAACUCGCUCCCCAACGGAAAGUUCGGCUCCGGCCCCGUUUUUCCAGAAGCCGGGAGGGAGCCGGGGUCGGGGGGCGUGUGGAGGGGACCCGGAGGCGGCGACCGGGAGGGGGCAACUUCUCCCGGGAAAGCACCUCCUGCCGAGCCCCGCGCGCCGCAGCCCCCGAGCGGGUUCGAGGUGGCUCUUCCCUUCCCUCGGCCUCCCCCCUGCGGAUUCCAGAGACGGACCUUGGUCCCGGCGCUCCCGCGGCCGGGUGACAAGAGCCAGCGCCGCCGCCGCCGCCGCCGCCUCGGCUGCCGCUCCCUCCGCCCGGCCGCAGCCCUGCCUCCCGCCUCCUGCCCGCACCAUGGAGUUCUCCGAGAGGAAGAGGAGCAGGAAAUCCCAGAGCUUCAAGCUGGUGAGCCGAGAUUAUCACCAUGAGGUAUAUAAGAUCUCAGAAUUCAACAACGAUGUUAAUGGGGAGGCCAAAGAGACACAGCCCAUUUUUUUAGGAGGUGAAAGCAUGGAAAUUAAAAAACAAAUUACAGGAAUGAGAAGAUUACUGAAUGACAGCACUGGGAGGAUAUAUCAGCGUGUGGGCAAGGAAGGAGAAAAAUUAAAAGAAGAACCCCAGGAUUUGGACUCCAUCUGGCCGCAGCGUCUGAACUCCUCUGCUGAGGCCCCCCAGAGCCUCCACCGUUCUUCGCGGGGUGUGUGGACUGAGUUCCCGCCCCAAAGUGGGCAGUUCUCAGGACAGACUGGCCCCCGCUCUAGAACCUUCCAGAGUCAGCCGCACACCCCUGGGAGCUCCAAUGGAGAACUUCCAGUGGUGAAUUCGUCAGUUGGAUCAAACUGCUGUACUUGUAACUGCCAGUCCACGUUGCAGGCCAUUCUCCAAGAACUCAAGACCAUGCGGAAAUUAAUGCAAAUCCAAGCAGUUGGGACCCAAAACAGACAACAACCCCCAAUUUCCCUUAUAUGCUCCCAGCGAACUGCUGUCUCGCGCAAGAGAAAUAAAAAGAAAAAAGUGCCCCCAAAGACUGUAGAACCUCUUACUGUGAAACCGAAGCCCAGUGCGUUAGAGGCUGAGAAGAAGACCGCAGUGGCCUCGGAGCAGCCUGACCCCCAGGCGGCCGAGCACACCUCCGCUGGGGAGAACCACGUCCUGGGAUUUGGCAUUGUUCUCGAAUCGCCUUCCUCAGAUCCAGAAGUGCAACUUGCUGAAGGCUUUGAUGUGUUUAUGCCUAAAUCUCAGCUGGACUCUAUAUUGUCAAACUACACUCGCUCAGGAAGCCUUCUGUUUAGAAAACUGGUGUGUGCAUUUUUUGAUGACAAGACUUUGGCUAACUCCUUACCCAAUGGAAAGAGGAAAAGAGGACUCAAUGACAACCGGAAAGGACUAGACCAAAAUAUUGUGGGUGCAAUAAAAGUCUUCACAGAAAAGUACUGUACCGCUAAUCAUGUGGAUAAACUUCCUGGCCCAAGAGACUGGGUACAGAUUCUACAGGAUCAAAUUAAACUGGCCAGAAGAAGGUUAAAAAGAGGCUCAGCAGAGGUGGCUGACGGUGAUGAAAGACUGGACGGCAUUUCUCUACCACCAACAGGUAAUAUAUUUGACACCAGGAGAGAAAAUGCGGAAGACAAAGAGCCAGAUUUCACUGCCUAGACUUUCAUUUAGUGACAAUGUUCAUUAGCAUAUGUACCUCUUCCAUUUGAAAUUUCCUCCAAGAUCCGCGUUAGCAUUUCAGGUUGCUGCGAAGUGUGGGUGUUCUGUGAAGUUUACCCGUCCUGUUUGAAUAGUUUUCAUAUACUAUCUUUGUAAUCUGUGAUAAUCAAGCCUUUAAUUUGGUAUCAGAUUUUUUUAAAUCAUUUUUACAGUUGAUUUAUCACCCUUUAAGUCCAACAUCUGAUCCAAUUGGUUCAUGUCCAUUAAAAAGCAGCAGCUCUCUCUUCCCUGGGUUUUUUUGGUUUUGGUUUUUUGUUUUUUGGUUUUUUUUUAAUAUAACCUCACUGUGAAUAUUUGGAGUUUUGAAGCAUAUUUAUUUUAACUUAAAUUAUUUAGAUGCAACAUAAAGGAGACUGGCUCUUUCUAAUAUUGAGGGAGCAGUUGCGAAGGCCAAAGUUAAUUGGACCUUCACCAGUUUAAAAGAUGUAAGAGAUGUUUUGGGAGACAGGAUAACUCUGAGUUAUUAGAUAAAAUCAUUUGUGACAUUAAUCCCGCCCCCCCCCCCAAAUAACCAUUUGUAACUGAAUAGGCGCAAUAGAUAUAUGAACGCCUAGGAAAGAAGAAACCUUUCACAUAGGUUGUGUCAACACAGUGACAAAAUAACUCUUUAAAAGGUGAGAAACUCAAAAAAAACAAAAAACAAAAAAAAAACCUAGAAACUCAAAAUAACCAGUUAUCUACAUGAUACCUAACAAUUAUUUUAACAGAUGGUUUUAACUGAGUGAGUGGGUCCGUGUUUUGCCAUUGUGUGGUAACCAGCCACAGAUGUAUUUCAUAUUAUGUAUUUUAUUUGGUUCUUGUACACUCACACUCCACUUUAUAUAAAACCAAUGAAUUACAGCAUGGAUUCAUUUUAAAGAUAUAUCAUGCCAUGUGGGUAUCUGUUUUAAGAAACAUUUCUCUAAUAAGUUGGUAAAUUUAAAAUACCAUUUUAUGUAGAAACAUUUCAUUUAUACCUCAUUUAUUGCAUAAAGCAAAUUACUUUGAAUCUUUGGCACUUGGCCCAAAGGCCAAAAUUUGGCUUGGAAGAAAUUUGAACUAGAAACAGCAAACCCCAAGGGGGGAAAAAAAUGUUGUGCUACUUUAAAAGUUUAACACAUUUCCCUAGCACUUACUUUAUCAAGUCAUAGAGUGUUAGAACUCAGAGUUGUUGUAGAUGUCCCUGAGCCCCACCCCCGUGUUUUACAGGUGUGGCCACCGAGGGGUGAGGAGUGAGGUUGUCCAGGGCCAGGUAACCCAUCAGGGGCCUGGCCAGGCCUAGCACCUAAAUGCCUUUCUCCCCUGUCCAAGGUACUUGUGCCAUCUCACACUGAACAGCUAAGCCUGAGCUAGGAGAGGAGCUCUGCGAUUAAUCAGUUUUCCACUGGAGACCAGCUCAUCAACCGAAGAUUACAAGAGGCAUCCCUGUUAGGUGACAAAGCUGGUUCUAGGUGUGACAAAGCUGGUUCCAUCCAACUGCUAGACAGCGACGUCUCAUAUACUCGUAUGUGAGUGUCUUUUAUCUCCUUUUUGAAGCUAGCAGGAAGGUUCAGAGCAACUGUUUCCAUCACGCCCUUUGUUAGCCUUUUACAUUUGAGGCCGGCUAGUAACCCCUUCUCUGAAACCAGUCCCUCUGCUCAUCAAAUGUUUGAUGAAGAACUGUGAACCAGGGCUUUUGUUUUUCUGCAACAUGUGUUUUAAAACUUGUCUGCUGCCUCUCGGCAGGAAAUAUUCCUCAAGGGAAUUGAAAAGAUUAAUUAGUGACCGUUCAACUCUAUUAAAAUAAAAUGACUAUGUCACUAAUAAAGGUAGAAACAUUCACUUUACAACUGUGGCCUGUUAAAUAUAGACCACGAAUCUCCAAAGCACUUCCUUCUAAGACUGGGCCACAGCUUGGAGUUUUCACCACUUUAGGCGGGGUGGGGGUUGUUCAACUCACAAGUAUGUGCAAUGGAUCUCCCAGUUGGAAUACAUAUCAUAAAAGUGCAAGAGUGAAGUCAUAUUUUGUAAAUUAAAAUUGUAUUUGUGUUUACUUACUGUGACUACUGUUCAGACUUUAUUCAGAAAUCCUUUUUAUAGGCUUUCUUAGCAAAAAAAAAAAUUCCAUAUCUAUGAAUAAUGUCUCAAUCUUCUGUAUAUAUGUUUUAUUAAUAUGUAAAUAUUUAGAUUUUUAAAAAAUUACUAUGUUCUUUAAAAAAAUUCAACGCAAGGCUAGUUGUGAAAAUGGUGUAUAACAUUGUGUUGUGAUAUCAACCCCCAAGAUGCUCUUUAUGUCCAUUCUGGAAGAAUACAAUAAAUUACUUUAAUUGA